CGGGAAACCUCACGGAAGAUGUACAGGUUCAAUAUAGGUACGUGAUAACAGUGGGACAAUACCAAACGGGCAUAUGUAAGGAUUAUUAAUGAAUAUUGUCAAACCGUUGUAUGGAACUCCGUUUUCAGUUCAGAAGGUUAUUAUAGGACGUUGCCGUCAGGUGUUAAUCAACUGAUUUUUGCUAAUUAAAUGUUAAGAUAUGGGCGGUCAUUUCACUAAUUAAUGGAUGUAGAUUGACAUAUUCCAAUGGAAAUUCUUUUUUACGGUCACGCAAGGUGCUGAAAGUCAUCGGAGAUUGAUAGUGCCUACAUUUCAAAUAGCGGUAAACGGUGUAUAAUAUAAAUGCCGCAAAUGGUGUCUUUCUUCAUAAUAGCAAGAUGAGAGCCAAAAGCGGUGCCGUUUUUGUUCUAUUGUCGGUCGCAUUUACUUCGGCGCAGAUUCCAAGUUUUGGGUGGUGUCCCGAUUAUACGCCAAUGGAAGAUUUUGAAGUUGAUCGGUUUUUGGGUAAAUGGUACGAAUCUGAGCGUUAUUUUACGUUUUCGGAUGUAACCAGCCGAUGCGUUGUUACCGAUUAUGCAAGAGCAUCGAGCGGAAGAAUAUACGUAUCCAAUGAGGUCACUAAUAGAAUCACCGGCGUUAAGCGUGUUAUUGGUGGUCACCUCGAACUCUCCGGGAAAAAAAAUGAAGGGAAAAUGAAUGUAAAAUAUGCCACCACGCCAAUUUCUACAGAAUCUACAUUAAUUGUAUUAGACACGGAUUACGAUAAUUUCGCCGUUAUAUGGAGUUGCUCUGGAUUUGGGCCAUUCCAUGCACAGAAUGUUUGGGUUAUGACACGAGAACGAUUAGCACCUGGCACGGUAAUGCAACGAACAUACGGAGUCCUAGAUAAAUUUAAAAUCAAUCGCGCAUUUGUCGUUAAAACUGACCAAGAAGGAUGUGCUCUCGUUGCAUCCGAUAUCAACGCAACUCAUGGAAUAGUCCCGAUUUCUACCGUUCCUGAAGUUGUAGGCGAGCAGCAGAAGUCUGCAAGUUCAGAAGAAGUUCAGGAUCCCAAACCGAGCGAGAAUCAUUCUGAAGAAAAGAAAAUGGAAUCGGUGGAAAUUGAAGGACAUGCUCUAAACAAAGCUGCCUAGUAGACCUUUUAAGUGUACGGUAUUUAUUUAAUUUAUUCACAAAUAUCACGCCUUAAAACUGAAAUUAGAAAUGUAUUCAACGAGAAAUAUGUUAGGGAGAUGCUACAAUUUCGACGUUUUAUAAUGGAGGUAAUUUGUAUUGUAUUUGAGUUUUUUUAUGUUAAAUUUUAAUUGACCGAAAUUUUUAAUUACCAAAUUUAAAAUUACUGUUUAAAUUAUCAUUAAAAGUGAAGGUUAUUUAAAUCUUUCCUAUUUCAUUUAUACCUACACUUCGAAACAUUCAUCAAUUUUAGUGGAGGACAACGGACAUCGUUCCGUUGCGUCCUACAAUAAAAAUAGGUUUUAUGUAAAUUAGUCUAAAUUACGCCUAACAAAUGUAUUUCUUAACAUGUAUUGAUAAAAAGAUAAUG